AUGGCAACAAAUUCAUCCUUGGCUCAAGAUUUUUAUCUAGCGUGCCGAAAUGGUGAAGUAUCUAAAGUGAAACAAUAUUUGAAAAUAAUGACCGUAGAUCAACUAAACGAAACGGAAUCUCAUGGUAGUACAGCAUUACAUGCUGCUUCCUUUUAUGGACACAAAGACGUGGUUAAAAUAUUAUUUGAAUACGAUGGAAUAUGUCGAUCGGUGAGAAAUAAUUUUAAACUGACUGCCUACGAAGAAGCUAAAACUGACGAUGUGAGAGAAUUAUUCUUAAGAAAAAGUGGUUCAGAUAGAUUUGUUGGCACAACACAAAUUGAAUGGGUGAAACUUGAUUCUAAUAUUGAGAAAUAUGCAUCGGGACAACGUCAUUGGUUCAGCGAAGAAAGGAUUGAAAUUGAUAUAGAUAGACAAGUAGGUCAGAUAUGUGAAGAUUAUUUAGACAAAAGUCUUUGUGAUAUUGACGGUAUUGAAUUAAUACGUUAUUUCUAUAGACAAGCUGAGAAACAAAACAGUCCAGUUUAUAUACUCAAGGCUUAUACAGCAGAAACUGAUUAUUAUAAAGUGUUAAAUAAUCAAUUAGCAAUGUUAAAUGGAAAUACGCCCGAUGAUUAUCAAAAUAGUUGGUCUCGUGAUGCUAUUAUUGGAAUUAUGAUAUCUCAUCCAGCUCUUGAUAAUCUUUCAUAUGUUGGUGUCACUUAUCGUGGUAUGUGUCUAACAGAAGAUGAUUUAAAACAGUAUAAAGUUGGUACACGUGUAAUGAACAAAACAUUUUUAUCAACGUCGACAGAUCGACACAUAGUUGAUCGAUUUAGUUUACCAAAAGACAAAAGAAUAAGCGCUAUAUGCGUUUAUGACAUUCGAAAUAAUCGAAGUGGAUUGAAUGUUGAAUCAAUAUCUGAAUACGGUAGUGAAAAGGAGGUGUUGAUAGCACCAUUUUGUGCGUUUAAGGUAAUGAAUAUUAAACACAGUGCCUCUAGUAGUAAAAUUUCGGUUGAAAUAACACUUCAGGAAUAUCAUAAAUCACUUCAUAAAUAA